GUUUCUUCAAUUUCAACCUGAAUCUCAACUUGGGAUCAACCUCUUCUUCGAUCUCUUUGUCUCUCUCUGUGCAACAAUUCUGGGUUUUCACUAUACUGGUAUUGGUAUGGAAUUUGUAAGCGGGGUAUACAUGCUUGCUUCUUUUAUUUCAGACUGGUUUUGUAUGCCCUAAAUCGAUGUAAUUCACUAUCAAUUUGAGACAUUUUUCCUAUUUAUAAGUACCCUUUUAUUUCCACUUUCAUUUGUUUCUCUUAAUUUCAUCCAAUUUUUUGUUUGAUUAGUCUGUAUUUCUUUUAUCUGUUCCAUAAUCUGAAAAUUGGUCGAUUGUUUCAGUAUUGUUACGGCAUUGUUGUUGUUUCUGUUGCUGUUAUUGGUGGCUUUCUAAUGAUUUUUUAUUUUUUAUUUUUGAUAAAUUUCUAUUUAUUUAUUUAUUUUGUGUGUUCUGUUUGGUAGCUCAGAAAUGCCAGGUUUUUUGGUAAUGUAUUUUUGUAUUGUUUUAGUUUUUAUUAGUUGAUGUUUGGGUUUGAAGAUGUAUUGGAGUUGGUUGGCGUUGUCCGAUGUGACGUGUUGUGAUGUGGGCUGGUUUUUGUGGAAGUGGGGCGGUGAAGAUGAAUGUGAUGUGUCCAAUUGAUGGGCAGCCAAACCCCAACAAGCAAUGAUCGUUCGAGGACAUAUUGGACACCAACAAUGGAACGCUAUUUUAUUGAUCUUAUGUUAGACCAGAUGCAUAGAGGGAGUAGAAUUGGCCAUACAUUCAACAAACAAGCCUGGACAGAUAUGCUUACCAUGUUUAAUGCAAAGUUUGGAUCACAAUAUGACAAAGAUGUUCUCAAAGGCCGUUAUACGAAUUUGUGGAAGCAAUUCAAUGAUAUAAAGAAUCUUCUUGGCCAGAGUGGGUUUUCUUGGGAUGAAACUCGGCAAAUGGUAGUAGCUGAUGAUGAUGUCUGGGAUGCCUAUAUCAAGUUUCACCCUGACGCACGAUCCUACAAGACUAAAGCAGUCCUGAAUUUUAAUGAUCUAUACUUGAUAUAUGGGUAUACAACUGCUGAUGGGAGAUAUAGUCGUUCAAGUCAUGAUAUGGACAUUGAUGAUGAUGUCCAAGGAAUGAAUAUGGGUGAUGGAAUGGGUAGCAUAGCCCCAUUGAAUAAUGAGCGCUCAAGGACUGACUGGACAGCAGCCAUGGACCAAUUUUUUAUUGACCUUAUGCUGGACCAACUAGGCAAAGGCAAUAAGAUUGGAAAUACAUUCAACAAGCAAGCUUGGACAGAUAUGCUUGCUUUGUUCAAUGCAAAGUUUGGUCCUCAACAUGGCAAAAGGGUUCUAAGGCAUCGGUACAAGAAAUUGUGGAAGUAUUAUAGCGAUGUAACAAUUCUGCUUAAACAAAUUGGUUUUUCCUGGGAUGAUGAACGAGAAAUGAUUUUAGCUGAUGAUGAUGUUUGGGAUGUUUAUAUCAAGGCACACCCGCAUGCCCGAUCAUAUAGAACAAAAACCCUGCCAAACUAUAAGGAUCUGGGUUUAAUAUACGGAGAUGCCAUCAACAAUGGAAUGCGUCAAGACAAAGACCUUGAAAAUGACCUCUUAGGAGUAAAGGCUGGCGAAGGAAGGGAGAGCCAAACCCCUACUGGAAGUGAUCGCUCGAGAACAUAUUGGACACCGCCAAUGGACCGUUAUCUCAUUGACCUACUACUAGAUCAGGUGCAUAGAGGGAAUAAACUUGGGCAGACAUUCAUAACCCAGGCUUGGGCAGACAUGGUUGCAUCAUUCAAUUCAAAAUUUAGAUCUCACCAUGACAAAGAUGUUCUAAAAAAUCGGUUCAAACAUUUGAGGAGGCAGUACAAUGACAUAAAGAUUCUUCUUCAGCAGAGUGGGUUUUCUUGGGAUGAAACACGAGAAAUGGUAACAGCUGAAGAUCAUGUUUGGGAUGCUUAUACCAAGGCACAUCCUGAUGCUCGAACAUACAGAGUUAAAACUGUACCAAGCUAUCACAAAUUGUGUGUUAUAUAUGGACAAGAAAGUUCUGAUGGAAGAUACAGCCGUUUGGCUCGCUAUGCAGAUCCUAUCUGUGAAGUCCCUGUUUUGAUGACUGAUGAAGGAAAGGAUGCUGAAUCUCCUGCUAGUACUGAUACUCCGGUGAUAGAUUGGACGCCACCAAUGGACUGUUAUUUCAUUGACCUUAUGGUAGAGCAAGCAAGUGGAGGGAAUAAGGUUGAUGAGGCAUUCAGUGAGCAAGCAUGGGCUCACAUGGUUACUUCAUUUAAUGACAAAUUUGGCCUUCAGUGUGACAAAUAUUUUCUAGAAAAUCGUUAUAUGUUCUUUAUGAAACAGUAUAACGACAUCAGCAACCUUCUCAAUUAUAGUGGGUUUGCAUGGAAUGAAUCUCAACAAAUAGUUACUGCUGAGGAUCAUGUCUGGGAAGCUUAUAUUAAGCUUACAUAUGAUUUGCAGGGUCACCCAGAUGCUGUUUCAUUUAGAGACAAAUUUUUGGGGAGCUAUAGUGAUUUAUGCAAGAUCUUUGGAAUUGGAAUAUUGGAUGAAAGUUUCAGUUGUCAGGAUCUGUCAAUGGAAAUCGACCCAAAUAUUAUAGAAGUGAAGAUGGAUGGAGCUUCUGAAGAUUCACAAUUUUUUGUGAGGGAUUCUGAAAUACCUGACCAGAGCAGAAAGCGCCAAACUGCAGUGCCAUUAGCCAUGGAACAUUCCAGAAAAGCACAGAAAACCAUGGAGGGGAUGCAAGAAGCUCUUAAUGAAAUGACAGGUAUGGUCACGACAUUGGUAAGCAACAAAGAGGACAAAAACUCCAUCUCCAUUGAAAGCGCCAUUGAUGCACUUCAAGCCAUACCAGACAUAGAUGAUGAUCUAUUGUUGGAUGCUUGUGAUCUUUUGGAAGAUGAUAAAAAGGCCAAGACAUUUUUAGCAUUGGAUGUUGCAUUACGAAAGAAGUGGUUGCUGAGAAAGCUUCGUCCAUAGUAGUCUUGCAAAGCUUUUUGAAUGAGAUGAUUUACAUUUUGUUUGUUGAUUUUCUGUUGAGGUUUCUAGUAAUUGAAUUAAAUUUUGCUUAGAAAGUAUAGCAGUAUAAAAUGUGUCUACUUCUUAUUCAGAGUAUAUACUGGGGUGGAUGGAGCCAGGAUUUGUUGGCGAACACUUGCAGCUAUUGCAGUCUCCAUCUCAUGGUGAUGUUGCAUAGCAUGCAGUUCAUGCUCAUCUUUUCUUUGAGGUUGAUAUCCUAUGACAUACACAACCUCAUCAUCUCCCUUUGCCCAAAUAUAAAAUUCUCUUCAAUCAAUAGGGAGGAAUAGGAUUUUAUAUUUU